UGUGUAUCCUGUGUGAGUGUUCAGUUGGCGUCCCUCCGCCCCAAGGAUCUGUUGUUACUGCUGAGCAGGAAGAUGGGGUGGCUACGUCAUCGUUGGAAGUACUUAGCGGGGAUUACUUUAGUGGUGGCGACUGUGGCGAUACUCAUUCUCACUAAAUCCUUGAGCGAAGUGACUCGAGGAUUUCACGAAAAAUCCCACAAGUCCUCUGACGAUAGUCCUGACGCUCAUCCUUCACGUCUAGUACAGGAGGGAGGAGGAGGGCGUUCUGGUGAUGUCCUUAAUACAAGAUUUGGUAACGUGAGGGCCUUCAAGGAUGGAGGUGGUGGAAGGUCUAAUAGGAUGGAGAGUCUCAAGUUCCAAGUGGAUUUUGUUGCUGAUGAUGACGAGGAUAAAGAUGCUGAGAGAACACGGAAGGUUGGAAGCUUCGUGACGGAGAAACAGUCAUUAUCCUUCAAUCUGAGACAACAACUCGACCCGGAAACAUCUUCGCGGCCUCCCACCACGACCUAUACAAGUAUUGCUGUAGAAGGUAGUUACUCCAAUGACUCGGUUGACCUCGGCAGCGACUCAAACUAUACAACAGGAAUGAACAAUCCGACUGAUGAUGUUUAUCCUGAUUAUGAGUAUUAUUAUGACGAUGAAGACAAUAUUCUUCCCACAUUGAGAGAGAUAUCGUUCACAAGGACUCUCUUCUUCUGUGAGUACAUUUACUCCGCCAUGUACGGGGAAUAUACCAACUUUACUGACACUGUGAUUCCUUACGGUAAUGCCUCGUUAUCUGUGGUUAGUGACGAGAAGUUCCUGAACGUGUGUUUACCAUUUUACCUGCGCUUUAAUACAGGUGAGUGUGAGAAGAAAAAUCGGAUCACUGUGUGUCAGUCUGACGAGAUCGCCUUCCUACACCCUCAUGGCUGCUGGAGACCUUCCAGUGACGAUGUGCUCUUCGAGAAGCUUCUGGCCGCGACGCUGCUGCAGGAAGACGAGGUUUGCUUCCAGGCCGUGUGCGACGGGAGUUUCCGCGUGGUGGAGAGGGUAGUGCAGGGCAUCCUUGUCCUCUUGAUCAGUCCACACACCACCCAGGGAGCCAACGCCUCUUGCUACAAGUACGUUCAGGAGUAUUAUGCAGGAGGACCCUUCGGUAGUGAAGCUGUUUAUAUGACGAAGAACAUCUACUGGUCCUCCUGUUUCAUUGAGUAUGAUGUGUUGUGGACACGUGAGCCGGAGCCACUGGGUCUAGUGCGCGCCUGGAGUUACCUGCCGCCUCAGUGUCGUGCAGGUGAAAGUCUCCUGGUGACGCUGGUGGUGUGUGUUGUGGUGAGUGGCGUGACGGGGAAUAUACUGGUACUUGUGGUCACCGCCAGAGGGGGUCACCGGGGAGAACCAUCGAAUCUAUUCCGCACGUCCCUCGCCCUGGCAGAUCUGAUACUCUGUUUGUUUGUGCUUCUGCCUAGUCUUAACGUCCAGUUGUCCAUAAUUGACGGCAAGAUGCUGGACCCUCAAUUUCACAAUCAGUACGACAAUAUCAAGGAGACGCCUCACUUGACUGGCACUCGGUCAACACGUAUUGUGGUUGACGGCGGCUAUCAGUUAUUCUCAGCCAUGUUGACGAGUUCCUGCUCUAUCAUUUCACUGUUAACUUUAUUUGCUCUGAGCUUUGAGCGAUUUAUUGUCACCGUCAAGUCUAUUCAGCGUAAAAUUCUGUUCACACGACCAAGGGUACAAGGCUUCAUCGUCACCACCUGGGCCACGAGCCUCCUGACCGUGUUGGCCCUCAUGCAUAGCGAUGGUGGGAAUGUCGCCUUGUGGUACUCCUUCUACAAGCUUUCGUUCGGAGUGUCACCACAAGGGUUGAGAGUCACCCUUCCUACAGUAAUGGCUAUUUUAGGUAUAGUUUGUCUGCUGACGGUAGUGUUCUCGCUACUUGCUGUUUGUCGCUACACUAUACAGAAGGCGAGGAAGGCUGCAGAGAUGAGAGAACUUGGUGAAACUGAUUUAGACCAAAGUAAGGAGAAGCCUAUAGGUGUCCUCACCAUUAUGGUGCUCAUGACUAUCUUCUUCGUCUUUUCCACCACCCUGGCCUUCGUGGCCUCCGUCCUCCAACUCUCGGCCGCAAGUGUCCCCCGCGUGGAGUUAGUGUGUUACCUCUGUUGGUGGGGCUUCCUGGCGGCUGCCUCCUGGAAUCCUUGGCUUUACCACCUGCCUAGUCAGCACUUCCGGCACGACGUGAUCGCCAUCAUCACCUCCCUCGUGCCAAGGAGUAUGAGGGAUCAAUCCUGGCUACGUUCACUUAUACCUCAACGAUGGCGGAAGGAUACGUCACCCUCGGAUGGAGUCGACAUCGAACUGAACACCGUAAAGAAGAAAUCAAAGAAGUCCACAAAGACACUACCAGGGAUGAGAAAUAAACAGUUUCGAAGUGUUGUUAUCUAACACAACGACGCCACAUUUGAUGUAUAUUCUGUACGAUUGGUCUUGGUAGCUUAGUGACUGCUGAACCUCGUGACUGUGAGGGAGAAUGUACAGUUGUUCUCAGUUACUCUCUGACGUGACCCCUGUAUACAUGUAGAUGACCCUUGUGUAGGUGACCUUUAUAUAUGUGUAAAAGUGAUCCACGUGUCAAUAUAAUGUAAAUAUAUAAUAAACACGAAUGAAAAAAUAUAA